AUGGAUCGCCCGCAGCCUAUUGGACAAAACGAUACGUUCUCGCGGUAUUCUUUGGGAUUUGACAUCACGGAGUCCAGCAUUCCGGUAUCAUCAGAAGAAUCAGCUCUGGGUUUUAUGUCGGUGUCCCUGGCGAGUGGAGUACGAAGUAACACCUCUACUACCGGAAGUUCAAUGCUCAGCCAUGCGAGUGAGAUUUUCACCUUCCAGAACACCAGCGCCCUCUGUGAUGACCUCCGCUCUAUCAUCACCAUCCCGCAGAUGUGUGACGUCAUGUUCCUAGUUGGCAAGGAGAAGGUGGCUGUAUACGGGCUUAAGGCUAUUCUGGCUACGCGAAGCAGAACAUUCUUCAAGACACUACUCUCACAGCAUGAUUGUAAUAAGAGUGAUGAUGUUGGGGUGAAGGGCAAGUUCCGGUUGAUGUCCAGGUUACGCCGGUUUGUUAAAGGGUCACGCAGCCGCCCCUCCCAUGCUCUGUACAGCCCGAGUGAUACGGACCAUCUCACCCUCACCGUCCCGGAGUUCGAUCCCACCAUCUUCCGCCAACUCAUGGAAUUUAUACACACUGGGGACAUUGAGCUCAGCGUCGAUAAUGUUAUAGGUAUGUUGAACGCUGCUGACAGCUACGGUGUGGAUGAUCUGCGCAUGGCCUGCAUUCAGUUCCUUCACCGCCUCCUCGAGUUCAACACGGUCUUUCCUCUCCUGGCAACCGCUCAAAGCCACGCCCAUUUACCGCUGACUGAAAUCAUCAUCGACCAGAUCUUGAACUUCAUCGAUUCAAAGGCACAGACGCUUCUGCGCCUGAGGAACUUCGAAGUCCUCUCCAAAGAUGCCGCAGUCUUGGUACUUUCCCGACGAACGCUGCGCGCGACAGAAGCGGCCAAAUGGGACGCUGCCCUCCACUGGAGUCGAUGUCACAGCUCGGGCCGCGGCGGCGAAGUUCUCAGACUGACGCUCAAGUCCUUCAUCUCGGUUAUCAACUUCUGCGACAUUCCACUGAGGAAGCUGUCACAAGAAAUCCUCCCGCUCGGCUUCCUCCAAGACGACAUCAUCCAGCAGGCCUUCGGCCAUCAUAACGUUUCCCACAGUUCAGCAGCGGAAGCGGACGUUCCCUGCCGAAGGAGUCUGCGCAAACAACAAGGAUCCGCUCGCCUGCGCCAAAAGUUUUCGGUCGGAAGACGUCGAUCGGACGACAGCGGUUUUGCCGUUUCCAUGGAAGAUUAA